AUGGGUGAAUCCAGACAAGAGCUCCUCAAUUGGCUGAACAGCCUCCUUCAGCUUAACAUGACCAAGGUCGAGCAGUGCGGAACUGGCGCCGCGCUCUGCCAGGUCUUUGACAGCAUAUACAUGGACGUGCCUAUGUCCAAGGUCAAGUUCAACGUCAGCGGCGAUUACGCCUACAUCCAAAACUUCAAAGUUUUGCAGAACACGUUCCUCAAGCACCAGGUCGAUAAGCCCAUCCCCGUCGAAUCGUUGGUGAAAUGUAAGAUGCAGGACAACCUAGAGUUCUUGCAAUGGACGAAGAAGUUCUGGGACCUCAACUUCCCCGACCACGAUUACGACGCUGUUGCACGAAGAAAGGCUGGCGGUGCGCCCGCAGCCAGUUCAGGACCGGCGCCCAGGGCUGCUGUCUCUAGCGCCGCUGCCCGACGAGUUGGCGGUACCACCCCAAGCACCGGCCCUCGUCUCGCCAAGGCAGCACCAGGCCCGGGCACCGCAGCUCUGCAGGCGGAGAUAGCGACUUUGAAGGAGAGCGUGGGCGGCCUGGAGCGCGAACGAGACUUCUACUUUAGCAAGCUUCGUGAUAUUGAAUUGCUGAUCCAGCAAGCUGUGGAGGAGGACCCUGAACUGGAGAAGCAAGAGGAUGGCCUGGUCAAGCACAUUCAGAACAUCCUGUACUCUACGGAGGAGGGCUUCGAGAUCCCAGCCGAGGCCGAGGGUCUGGAUGACCAGGAGACUUUUUAA